UAAUGGCGGAGUCGCAGCUAGUUUCACGCCAAGUGUUGCUCUCAAGCUCGCCAUGUUUCUCUCUAACUCUGCCACGUGUCGACCCCAUGCACUAACUCCAUGCCCCCAUGCACGCACGAAUGUAUCUUUAAACUUUGCACAUCACAUAAACAAAAAACAGAAGAAUCGUUGGAAGAAGAUGAGUCAGCAACAGUCUCAGAAGGAGGACCACCACGUGCUCAACAAGCAGGGGACUCUCACAAACAACAAAGUGGCGCCCGUCGACGCUGCCACCGUGCAGAAGGCGGAGACCCAAAAGCCCGCCGCCGCCGACGGUGGCGUGAGUGCCACUGAGACCGAUAAUGUUUCGGUGCAGGAGUCCGUUGGUGGACAGGUUGUUCACAGACCAGACGAAAAGGAAAAGGAGAAGAAAGUUAAUCAAUUAGUUGAGGCGGUGGAGCAAUUUAGCCAAAAGGCUGCACUGAAUACGAUGACGCCACCAUCUCUCGUCCAAGACAAGGGCGCGGGAGGCGGAGGCGGCGGCGGGAUCACCAUAGGCGAAGCGCUGGAGGCGACGGUGUUGACGGCGGGAAAGAAGGCGGUGGAGUGGAGCGACGCGGCGGCGAUUCAAGCGGCCGAAGUGAGAGCCACCGGACGCACGAACAUCGUCCCCGGAGGCGUGGCGGCGGCGGCACAAUCAGCGGCGACACUGAAUGCUCGAGCGACGAAGGAGGAGGAGAAGACGAAACUGGGAGAUAUUCUGGCGGGUGCGACUUCGAAGUUACCGGCGGAUAGAGCAGCGACACGGAGAGACGCUGAAGGAGUGACGGGUGCGGAAAUGAGAAAUGAUCCGAAUCUCACCACUCAUCCCGGAGGCGUGUCCGCUUCCGUUGCUGCUGCUGCUAGGAUUAACCAAACCCAAACCCAUAAUAAUAACUGAUUCUAACUCAUACCAACCUCAACCUAUAUAUAUGUAUAUAUAUUAGUACUUUUUCGUGGACUCAACAUGCCUCAGCCUCACCAACUGCCACUGCCACCAUCACUUUACUAUAUAUGUAAUGCUUGUAGCUUCAUCAAAUUCUUAUUUUAAAGAUACACUUUCGAAUUAAUUCAAAAACAAGAAACAUGCCUUAACUUAA